AUGAAAAUGGUAAAGACGACAAUAAUUGUGUCACUGGCGUUGCUGCUGUUGGCAUCGGUCGCCACAUUCGUAGGUGUUUUCUUUGGUGUCGGGAGAAGGAAGCAACCAAACGAACAGGUUUACUUAAAGGCGGCUGUGGCGGCAGAUGCUGGGCCGUGUUCAGAGGUCGGCAGAGAUAUACUGAUGAAAGGGGGGUCUGCAGUAGAUGCCUCUAUAGCUGCUUUACUGUGUGUUGGACUUAUGAACGCUCACAGUAUGGGCAUCGGAGGAGGACUGUUCUUCACCAUCUACAAUGCCACAACUGGGAUGGUUGAGACCAUUGAUGCCAGAGAGACGGCUCCGCGUAACGCAACAGAGAACAUGUUUGGGAACAGUACAGAUUUAUCCCAGAAAGGAGGGUUGUCAAUUGCUGUACCGGGGGAGAUUCGAGGUUAUGAAAUGGCACAUCGACGACACGGCAAGCUGCCUUGGAAGGACUUGUUCCAGCCGAGCAUUGAUCUUGCAGAAAAAGGUUUUCCUUUGGGAAGGGCACUUGCCUCUGCUCUGUCCAGCCACAAGAAAACCAUCAUCAAGGACCAAGCCCUAUGUGAAGUGUUUUGUGGGGAAAAUGGCGACGUCCUAAAAGAAAAUAACAUCAUCACAUUUACCAAGCUUGCAGAAUCCUAUAGGAAAAUAGCAGAAGAGGGUCCUGAUGCUUUCUACCAAGGAGAACUGGCUCAGAACCUGGUGACAGACAUUCAGGCAGCAGGCGGCAUCAUCACAAUGGAGGAUCUGAAGGAUUAUGUGCCUGUCUUGGAUGAGAACCCUUUAAGGGUGAAUGUGGGAGAGUACAACAUGGCUGUUCCCAAUGCUCCCGCUAGCGGCCCUGUGCUCUCGCUGAUAUUAAACAUCUUGAAUGGGUACAACUUCACCUCAGAAAGUGUGUCAAGCACUGAGAAAAAGAUCCUAACCUACCAUCGCAUCGUGGAGGCUUUUCGUUUCGCUUAUGCAAAGAGGACCUUACUUGGGGAUCCAAAGUUCCUCAACAUCACAGACCUCAUCCGGAAUAUGACCUCAAGUUCCUAUGCAGAUGACCUCCGUGACAAGAUCACAGAUGAAACCACACAUCACAUGAACUACUACGAGCCGGAGUUUUACCUGCCUGACAACCACGGGACCGCACACCUCUCCGUAGUGGCAGAAGAUGGAAGCGCCGUGGCCGCCACCAGCACCAUCAACCGGUUUUUGGGCUCCAAAGUCAUGUCAAGAUCAACAGGGAUACUUCUCAACAACGAGAUGGACGACUUCAGCUCUCCGCUCAUCACAAACAGCUUCGGAGUGCCUCCUUCACCCAACAACUUUAUCAGGCCAGGAAAAAGGCCGAUGUCUUCCAUGUGUCCGACCAUCCUCUUUGACAAAAACAACAAAGUUAAGAUGGUGGUCGGAGGCUCAGGAGGAACAAAAAUAACAACUUCUAUCGCUCAGGUGAUUCUGAACGCACUGUUCUUCGACUUCGAUCUUCAUAAAGCCGUGUCGGAUCCAAGGCUCCACAACCAGCUGAGUCCCAACGCCACUGUAGCAGAGCCCAACUUUGACAAAAACGUCCUGGACGGUUUGGCAUUAAAGAACCACGAGACAGAGUAUCUCAAUUCAACAGGAGCUGUGGUGCAGGCGGUGGUUCGCCAUGAUGACGGACUCCACGCUCAGUCAGAUCCUCGCAAGUGGGCGUACGCCGCAGGCUACUGAGGUCAUAAACACACCUCUGAUUAUGCAGAGAGCCUGUAGCUGUGUGAACCUUGACACCAGUGGUACGAGCUGAGAGAUUAGAG